UUCAAGUAAAUUCACCAGUCUUUACUGCACAUUUCAGCAAACCAGACUGCAAUUUUUAGAGAUUAGACAAAAUGAAAUUCUUCGUUCUGUUUUUGUCUGUUUCUUUUGCUGUAGUUGAAGCCCAAUAUCAGCCAUACUAUGAAGACAGUUUGUAUCAAUAUGCAAACUAUCCGAUUUCUGAUGGCCGGACCCCAAACUUAGGUUUUGACCAUCGUCUUUAUUUACGUACUUCAACUACUACAGCCACAACCACCACAACCACCACUUGCACGGUUGCGACUGGCGUUGCUUGCGUUGGUGGUCGCCGCAGAAGAUUUUUGGAAGAAGAUGAUUCCAUCGAACCUUCUCCAGUUGACAAGGUUGAAAUUACGCCGCUUGUCGAAAUGGAGUCGGCUCCCAAGAUAACGCGUAAAGCGGAACCGCAAUAUGCAUUUUGGCGUGGAGGUUUCGAACAUCCUCCAUCUCCGUACGAAAUCCGGUCAACAUUCGGCCAAAGUUUGAAUUACCCUACGAAUUAUAAUCCUUAUUUACGUCAACCGAUUAUUGUCGCCGAUACUCGCUUUCUGCUUAAUUAUUAUGCCUUCACGACAACAACGACUUCUACGGCGACUACCACUUUCAGAUCAACACCAAUCUGUUCAGCAACAAGUGGAUUCCAGCCAUGUUAAUCGAUAAAGUGCGGCUGGACGGUCAUGUUGAACGUGAAAAUAUUUUUCUCUGAACGUGUAUUUCCUUUAUAUUAUUGGUAAUGUUACAUUUGAGGAGAUAAAGUGAUGGUAUUAAUAAUAUUAACUUUUUCAUGAGGAGGAAAUGGAUAAUGGUUUGCUGAUGUUCUUUGAGAUUGUUUGGAAAUACACGUACCAAAAUAAUUAAUCUCUUUUUUUUAAAAAGAAAAGGUUUCGAAUUAUUUAUUCUAGAAAAUACGAAUUUGUUAUUAUGAUCUCCGCUCUUUCCUUCAACCCAAUUCGCUCGGAGUACUACGUUGCUUUUAGUGUGGUACAGACGGAAAUAAAUCCACGGACACCUAACAUAACGUGAAAACAUGCAUAGUUGACUUGGUACGUUUACAGUAGAAGCAUAGUUUCAAGGGCAUUGCAAAACUUCCCUGCUGAUUUUUCCUAUGGUAAUGACAUCCUAUAUAGGACAAAGAGAACAGCAGUCGUUUAACCAAAUAAGAAAUAGAAGACUCCAGAAACUGCACACGCAUUAAACGAAUUCUAACCUUAGUUUUCCCCAUGGCGUAAUAAUUAAGCCUUAGUCUCGUUAGCACUUCAUGACAAUAUACAGUGCCAGGGAACGGAUUGGCGACGGGAUGUGAAAGGGCCAAUUGUAGCCUAAGGAUCCAAUUUAACCGCAUAUAAAGUUUUGCCAUUAUUUUUUUCAGCAGGCUGCAGUAUAUAAACCCCUUCGUAUCAUUGCAAAAUUCACAGUCGCUUCUUUGGAUUUCGGCAAAACAGAGUCCCUUGGCAAGCGAUCGCUAUCUUUUGAAGAAAAAUAAAAAUGAAUUUUUUCGUUUUUCUUUUUUCCAUUUGCGUUGUGAUUUUUUACGCAAAUGCCCAGUAUCAGCCAUAUUACGACGACAGUACGUACAACUAUCCAAUCAUCCCAUUUGUUGAUGGACGUUCAACGAAUUUAGGUUACGACAAUCGUCUUUUAUUACGUACGACAACUACGACAAGUACAACUACUACUACCACUACUUGCACGGUAUUGACUAACGUGGCUUGUGUUGGUGGUCGCCGGAGAAGAUUCUUGGAAGACGAUGAAGAAGCAAUCAAACCAUCUCCAGUAAACGAAGUGGAGGUUACGCAGAUUGCUGAAAUUGAUUCGAUAAGGAACGAACGUAAAGCUGAUCCUCAAUUCGCAUUAUGGCGCGGAGGUGUUGGUCCUUCGUACGAGCUCCGAUCCACAUUCGGCCAGCAAACGCCUUUCCCCGUAUACUACAAUCCAUACAUACGCCAACCCGUGGCUAUAGCUGACACACGCUUUUUGCUGAAUUAUUAUGCCUUCACAACCACUUCAACUUCUACAACGACAGUAACUUCCAGAUCGACUCCGAUCUGUUCUCAAGGAAGUGGGUUCAACCAAUGCUAAUGGAUCUGAUCCACAUUUUUAUUAUUUACUUUGAUUAACUUGAAACUUACUGUGGUAAGGCACAUCUUAACCGACGCAUAAUCACUUAGAAAGCCAGUAAAAAUUAAUAAUUGAAAUUGUUCUGUACUCAAAGGCUGCAGAAUGGUAGUAAAUACACGAACCAAUGUUGUUAAACUGCA